GGAAGGCACCUCGUAAAGAGGAGAUGGCAUCUCAUAAAGAGAAGGUAAACAGCAUCCCAUUAAGGGAGGACCAAGAAUUCGUGAAACUAAAAGGUGUCACUGCUGUAGGAGAAAAAAAGAUUGAAGAAAUGUUUUAUGUACAGCAUAUGAUAUUUAACGCGACUUUUAACGUGACUUUUAUGUGUAACAUUACAUCAUGCUCUGAAGUAGGAAAGCUAAGAUUACUGGGCUUGAGGGUCGAAAAUGCUGAUGUUAAGACCAAGUACGAUGAUGCUAUAAAUGAAAUUACGAAGCUAAAGGCUGAGCUCAAGAGUAGAAUCGAGGAGCUAGAGAAGGGUAGGACGGAUACUGUUGCUGAAAAUGCCAGGCAUGAUGAUACAAUUUCUGAGCUUAAGGCCGAAGAAGUUGUUAAUAUACCUAGCUCUGUUGUGGACCAGCUUAAUAAUGUUUCUGAAGUUUCAUCCAAAUCUAAAAUCCAGUUUUCUUACACGAAUAAUGGAGAUAUUAUUAGUCUAUAUAAAAAUGCAUGUGAUGCGGAAAUAGACGCAAUCAAAGCCAAUAGAGAAGAAACAUUACGUUGGUGUUUCUAUACUAGAGAAUUCAAAAGCAUGUAUAAAGAUUUUAUGGUCAACAAUAAAGUUGGAGAAAAGAAGGCAAAAGGGCGUUUCUUUACCGCAUGUAUAACCUCUAUUCCCGAACUGGAAAAAGCGCUUGAGUCUGAAGUAUCUGAAUUUUCGAGCCGUGAACAGGAAUUGCUCGACCGAAUCGCGUCAUUGGAGGCAUCGAUUAACAAGUCUGUCCAUGCUGUUGUGUUGCAGAAUUCGAUGUCAUCCUCUCAAAAUUCCAUACGUGCAGUAUACCAAACGCCAGCACUUGAAAAUGAUGGCGCGGUGUUCAACAUGUUUCAAGUUUACCGUAUUCAUAGAGACCCCCUUGAAGGCUUUCAACAACUGGACAUUCCCGAAAGUUUGCCAACUCUACAAUCUGAGCGAAGAUCUGAAUCCAGAUAUGUCCGUAUCCCGACUUUUUCCUGUGGUUGCUCUGAUACGAAAAACGAAAAGUUCAGAACCGCCCUGGAUAAAUUAAUGGUAGAACUAAAAACUCGUCUCCCAUCAACCUCUCAUACGAAGCAACAAAAACGAUAUAUACCUACUCGUAUGCGGAAUUAUAUUGCUCCCGUUCGUGAACGAUAUAAUUCUUAUUACACUAUUCCAUCCUCACUAGGAAAAAACGGGCAAGGUAAAACCGAUUAUGGGAUGGAGUCUUGUGCGACAGGGCGGAUUAUUGGCGUUGUAGAAGUCAAGAGGGAAGACUUUUUGCAAGGCAUUGUGCAGGCGAGCGUACAAAUGGAGUCAUCAUUGGCGAGUACACAA